GACGGCUCUACCUGCACUCGCGGCGCGGCUUCAUUUUCCUCCCCCAUUACAUUACCAUCUAUGACCCCGCUUCCUCGCCGGAGCUCAGGCCACUUUCCGGCCACCCUACUUUCCUAAUUCUCUAUUUCCACACACUUACUCUCAGCUCUUUCUAUUUUUAUUUGUGUUCCGACAAUAUCUGUUCUCGUUCUCUCUGAGCCCUGAAUAUCCGCAUACUUGCUCGCCGUGGGUUUUCUGUUGAAGUCCGAUGAGCUAGGGUAUAAAUUCCAGCUCAAAAAUGAUGGUCGAUGAAGUUUAAGAGCAGGAAUUUCUACUUUUUAUUCAAAAUAUACUCCGCACAUAUAAAUAAAACACAAGAUGUCAGUGACGGAGCUUAGAGAGCGGCAUGCGGCGGCAAUGCAGGCGGUCAACGAUCUCCGGGAACGACUGAGGGAGGAGCGCCGCCGCCUCCUUGACACCGAUGUCGCCAGUUAUGCCAGGUCACAGGGAAAAACUCCGGUUAGCUUCGGCCCGACAGAUCUGGUCUGUUGCCGGACCCUGCAAGGGCACACGGGGAAGGUGUAUUCACUGGACUGGACUCCUGAAAAGAAUCGUAUUGUCAGUGCAUCUCAAGAUGGACGAUUGAUAGUAUGGAAUGCCCUCACGAGCCAGAAAACACAUGCAAUCAAGCUCCCAUGUGCUUGGGUUAUGACAUGUGCAUUUUCUCCAACUGGGCAGUCUGUUGCUUGUGGUGGGCUGGACAGUGUUUGCUCCAUCUUCAAUUUGAACACUCCUCCUGAUAAAGAUGGAAAUUUAACUGUGUCCAGAAUGCUUAGUGGGCAUAAGGGCUAUGUAUCGUCAUGCCAAUAUAUUCCAGAUGAUGAGACUCGGUUGAUAACUAGUUCUGGUGAUCAUACAUGUUUUCUGUGGGAUAUAACUACCGGUCUAAAAACGUCUGCUUUUGGGGGUGAAUUUCAAUCUGGACAUUCUGCAGAUGUGUUGAGUAUCUCAGUAAGCACAUCAAAUACAAGAAUGUUUGUCUCUGGAUCAUGUGAUGCAACAGCCCGUCUUUGGGACACCCGGGUUGCUAGUCGGGCAGUUCGUACAUUCCAUGGCCAUGAAGCAGAUGUUAAUGCCGUCAAGUUCUUUCCAGAUGGCAAUAGGUUUGGUACCGGUUCUGAUGACGGAACUUGCAGAUUAUAUGACAUUAGGACUGGACAUGAACUUCAAGUUUACUCUCAUCCUCGUAGUGAUAAUGAAGUUCCUCAUGUGACUUCUAUCGCUUUCUCAAUUUCUGGACGUCUUCUCUUUGCUGCAGACUCUAAUGGAGCUUGCUAUGUAUGGGACACUCUCUUGGCACAGGUGGUUCUGGAUCUUGGUGCAGUUCAAAACUCUCAUGAAAGCAAAAUAAGCUGUUUGGGAUUAUCAGCUGAUGGGAGUGCAUUGUGUACAGGAAGUUUGGACACAAAUCUCAAGAUUUGGGCUUUCGGAGGGGUCAGAAAGGUGAUAUGAAGGAUGGCUGGCUUCUUCGUUCUUCUAUUUUGGAGACCUUUUAUUUAUCGUCAUGGAAAUGGUAACGGUAUGAGGCCGAAUCAGAGAUAUAAAUAAGGAAAAUUAUUUACGACGCCUCUGUAAUUCUUGUAGUAAUGCUUUGUCCAACCGGACGUUUGUUCUAUUAUCAACAACAUCAUCAUCAUGCCUGUUCCAAUUCAUAGAUUUUAAUGAUAUGUUUGGCUAUGUUCACGACUGCUAUACUAUUCAAGAUUUAACGAGUAUAUUCUGCAGCAUUAAAAAAAGAAAGAGAUUUGUCUUCC